ACGGAGUUUCUAAUCUGCGCAUGCGUACGAUUCCCCCCUUCCUCGUCCUUCACGGAGGGGCGGGCUUAAAGGAAAGGUGGGCGCCGGAAGUGGGGUCACCGGCGGCGCCCUUAGCAACGGGGUCAGUGGCGGCGCGCGGGGGGCCUCGGGCGGCGAUGGCGGAGAAGUUCGACUCUCUGGAGGAGCACCUCGAGAAGUUCGUGGAGAACAUCCGGCAGCUGGGCAUCAUCGUCAGCGACUUCCAGCCGAGCAGCCAGGCGGGCCUGAACCAGAAGCUGAAUUUUAUGGUUACUGGCUUGCAAGAUAUUGACAAAUGCCGACAGCAACUUCAUGAUAUCAGUGUGCCUUUGGAAGUUUUUGAGUACAUAGAUCAAGGCCGCAAUCCCCAACUAUAUACCAAAGAAUGUUUGGAAAGGGCUCUGGCAAAAAAUGAGCAGGUGAAAGGCAAAAUUGAUACCAUGAAGAAAUUCAAAAGCUUGUUGAUUCAAGAGCUGACUAAAGUGUUCCCAGAGGAUAUGGCCAAGUACAAAGCAAUUCGAGGUGAAGACCCUUCUCCUUGAACGUUAGUUACGUUUUUCAUUAUUGCACAUUCUUCUCUGGGAACUACAGGUAGGCUGUUGGAAACAUUGACUUGCCCAGAGGAUUAAAGAAAUCCAACUUUCCUGCUGGGUGAUCUUGUGCUGAUGUUUUGCUCCCUGGCCAGAAAGCAGGCUGAUUCCCAUAGUGGCUGGUAAGGAAACCUUAAUGGCUUCAAGACUCUUGGUUUCAGCAGCUGGCUUCAUGUACUGUUUGUCAGCUCUGCUGCUUUUCUAAUAUGCUGUUCAAACUUUUCAACAUAUCCUGCCCUGUGUGAUGGGCAAAGCAGCUGUAUGUUUGUUGUUUUUGGUGCAACAUACCUGAAAAAAAGAAGCAGAAUAAACGUUUAUCAUUGUUAUCUCUUGCAAAGAAAUUUAAAAGCUUGUCUUUUUUAUUACUCUGAAGGGCUGCUGGGAUAGUAGAAAUUGUUUCUGUGACUUUUGUAUAAAAAGAACAAAACUUUUUAGAUUUUUGACUUUUAUAUGUAAUAGCAGCCCCUGCUGCACUGUUUGGGCAUCAACGACAGUUUAUAUCAUAAUCUUGUUGGCUGUAUAGUAAAGGUCUUGAAAGAGUA